CCCCGCCCCAAGAAAAACCACAAUCCCCUUCGCCUUUGAGACCUCCAAGGCCCCAGACCGAACAAUCCACCUAAUCUUCCUCUCUCUCUCUCUCUCUCUCUCUCUCUCUCUUUCUAAAGCCUUCUUUAUUUUCUUGCUUUGUCUUUUCUUCAUUUCACCCAGAAAGCUCUGUUCUUGAUCUUUACUUGUUUCUCGUUGUGUGUUGAGAUAUGGCUACAAAGAAGAGCGUCAGCAGUCUAAAUGACGCAGAUUUGAAGGGGAAGAGGGUGUUUGUGAGAGUGGAUCUCAACGUCCCUUUGGAUGAUAACUUCAAUAUCACUGAUGAUACCAGGAUCCGAGCUGCCGUUCCCACCAUCAAGUACUUGAUGGAUCAUGGCUCCAAAGUUAUUCUUUGCACCCAUUUGGGACGUCCAAAGGGUGUUACGCCCAAGUACAGCUUGAAGCCACUUGUACCUAGGCUAUCUGAACUUCUUGGAGUCCAGGUUAAAAUGGCUAAUGACUGUAUUGGUGAGGAAGUUGAGAAACUGGUGGCUGAGCUCUCAGACGGAGGUGUCUUGCUUCUUGAGAAUGUAAGGUUCCACAAGGAGGAGGAAAAGAAUGAUCCUGAAUUCUCCAAGAAACUAGCUGCUCUUGCAGAUGUCUACGUUAAUGAUGCAUUUGGCACUGCUCAUAGAGCCCAUGCAUCAACAGAGGGUGUGGCUAAAUACUUGAAACCUUCUGUUGCCGGUUUUCUUAUGCAGAAGGAACUUGACUAUCUUGUUGGAGCUGUGGCAAAUCCUAAGAAGCCUUUUGCUGCAAUUGUUGGUGGCUCAAAGGUAUCAACCAAGAUUGGAGUGAUAGAAUCCCUCCUGGGGAAGGUUGAUAUCCUCAUAUUGGGUGGAGGAAUGAUGUUUACUUUCUACAAGGCACAAGGGUACUCAGUUGGGUCAUCCCUUGUGGAGGAGGACAAACUUGAUCUUGCAACUUCACUUGUUGAAAAAGCCAAGGCUAAGGGGGUAUCUUUACUGCUGCCUACUGAUGUGGUCAUUGCUGACAAGUUUGCAGCUGAUGCCAACAGCAAGGUGUGUUGAGAUAUGGCUACAAAGAAGAGCGUUAGCAGUCUAAAUGACGCAGAUUUGAAGGGGAAGGGGGUGUUUGUGAGAGUGGAUCUCAACGUCCCUUUGGAUGAUAACUUCAAUAUCACUGAUGAUACCAGGAUCCGAGCUGCCG